AUGAUUAUGCAGAGCUUGCUGUUGUUGUUUGGAUUGGUGGCUCUGGCCACUUCACAUGCUAUACCUGUGACCCGUGAGGUGCAUGAGGUGUAUAAAAAUGGUGAAGAUGAGAACCCCAUCCUGAACCGAGGUUUAGACCAGGACGACCUGUUUGAGGGGGACAUUUUAAUUCCCAAAGGACGAAAUGCCCUGGUUGACAAAACAUACAGAUGGAAAUUUCCAAUCCCCUACAUUCUGGGUGAUGAUUUGGAUCUGAAUGCCAAGGGCUGCGUCCACCAGGCCUUUGAAAUGUAUCGGCUGAAGUCUUGCAUCGACUUCAAGCCUUAUGAAGGAGAGAAGACCUACAUCAAGUUUGAGAAGAGAGGAGGGUGUUUCUCGAGCGUCGGUGACCAGCAGGACGGUCAGAUUCUGUCUUUGGGGAACGGCUGUGACCACAAGGCAGUGAUUGAACACGAGCUACUCCACGCUUUGGGCUUUUACCACGAACAGUCCCGCACAGACAGGGAUGACUAUGUCGACAUCAUGCUGGAUGAGGUUACACCAGGAAUGGAGCAUAACUUCAACAAAUACAACGAUGACUUCAUCACAGACCAAAACACAGCGUACGACUAUGAGUCCGUCAUGCAUUACAGGCCAUUCUCCUUCAAUAAGGAUCCAAGCAGGCCCACCAUCAGAACCAAAAUCCCGGAGUUCUAUAACAUAAUUGGCCAGUACCUCGACUUCAGCAAGAUGGACACCUUCAGGCUCAACCGCAUGUACAACUGCUCUGGUCCUCUCACCCUGCUUGACCAGUGUGCCUUUGAGUAUGCCAGCAUCUGUGGGAUGAUUCAGGCCUCCUCCGAUGAUGCCGACUGGGUUCAUACCGAGAGCAGUGUGGGUUCAGAGGAUCACACACUCCUGGGAAGAUGCAGAGAUGCUGGUUACUUCAUGCACUUCAACACCAGGAAUGGGACGGCUGAGCAGGCAGCUCUGCUGGAAUCCCGAACCCUCUACCCCAAGAGGAACCUUCAGUGUCUGCAGUUCUUCUACAAGAUGACUGGAAGCACCAAGGACAGGCUGGUGAUCUGGGUCAAGAUGGAUGAUGGCACAGGCAAUGUUCGUAAAAUGAAGAAAAUGCAUACCUUUUAUGGGGAUGAUGACCACACAUGGAAGAUCGCCCACGUCCCCAUGGAGGUAGGGGUGAAAUUCCGUUAUUCCUUCCAAGCUGUUCGCGGUGACCCCACUGCAUCCACCGGUGGCAUCUACAUUGAUGACAUCAGCCUGACAGAGACGCGCUGCCCCAAUGCAGUGUGGAGGAUCCAGAACUUCUCCAAGAUUAUGGAAACAACUACCCAAGGAGCUGGUAUCGACAGCCCUAUUUUCUACAGUCCAGAGGGCUAUGCUUAUGGCGUCCGUGUCAUACCUAUCACAGAAUACAGUGACUACACAGGGCGCUACACUGGGCUGUACUUCUUCCUGGCCAGUGGGGACAAUGAUGCCGUGAUGCAGUGGCCAGCGUUAAACCGACAGGCCACCAUGGUGGUGAUGGACCAAGACCCAGACAUUAAACUGAGGAUGUCCACCGCACGCAGCCUCACUACUAAUGAGAUGAAGGAUACCAAUGGACGGUUCCAUUGGGACAAUCCCGCCAAGGUGGGUCAGUGGGACGCUAGCUGUAAUUGCUACAAAGGGCCAACAUGGGGCUGGAGGAACUUUGUGAAGCAUUUUGACCUCAAUCGUCGUAAUUACCUCAAGAAUGAUGACCUCAUCAUUUUUGUCGAUUUUGAGGACAUAUCGUCACUGAUCAAAACGGAGGUUCCCAUUGUGCCACAUGCUUAAGGACACACCGGCUUUUAUAUCAUGUUGAACUGGAGACGCAACAUAUGCAGCUUGGAUGAACAACCUGUGAAAAUGAAGAUAGGGUGGAAGAUUAAUGCUCUGACACAAUAUCAGAAUUAAUGCUUGCAAUAU